AUGGCAGUUACCGGGAAAAUGGGGUCUUAUGAUAGACCUGGUACAGGGAAAUAUGAAAGAGGUAAUAAGAAGAAAUUAUAUAGUAAAGAUAAAAAGAUAAAUGCCGGGUUGAAAAAAAUUGAUAAUCAAUAUAAAGAAGCUGUUAGAUCAGCUGCUGGUACUGAUUUAUUAUUACAAGAAGAUCAUGGUUAUUUGGAAGCUGAAGGUAUGGAAAAGACCUUCAAAUUCCAACAAAAAGAUAUUAAAAAUGUAGUUGAUGAAUCAACUAUAAAGAAGUCAUUCAAAUUAUCAUUACCAGACUAUGGACCUUAUCAAAUUGAUUACACCAGAAAUGGUAAAGAACUUUUGAUAGGAGGAAAGAAAGGACAUGUAGCAUCUAUGGAUUGGAGAACUGGAAGUUUGGAUUGUGAAUUACAUUUAAAUGAAACUGUUCAUGCUGUUAAAUAUUUACAUAAUGAUCAAUACUUUGCAGUAGCUCAAAAGAAAUAUGUUUUCAUUUACGAUAAAACAGGUUUAGAGUUACAUAGAUUAAAACAACACAUUGAUUGUACUAAAUUGGAGUUUUUACCAUAUCAUUUCUUAUUAGCAACAGCAGGUAAUACUGGAUACUUAAAAUACCAUGAUGUAUCAACUGGUCAAUUAAUAAGUGAAAUAAGGACAAAAAUGGGUCCUACACAAUCCAUGAAACAAAAUCCUUGGAAUGGAGUAAUGCAUUUAGGUCACGGGAAUGGUUCUAUAACUUUAUGGUCACCUUCAAUGCCAACUCCUUUAGUUAAAUUACAAAAUUCAAGGGGUGCGGUAAGAGAUUUAGCUAUUGAUAGAGAAGGUAAGUAUAUGAUAACUGGUAGUAAUGAUAAGUCUAUGAAAUUAUGGGAUUUAAGGAAAUUCAAAGUCAUUGAUGAAUAUUAUUCUCCAACACCUGUUCAAUCAUUGGAUAUUUCUGAUUCUGGUUUGGUUUCAACUGGUUGGAAUACUCAUGUUACUGUUUGGAAGGAUAUGUUCAAAUCCAAACAAAAAGAUCCUUAUAUGAAUCAUUUAUUACCAUCAAAUAAAGUAGAAAGAUUAAAAUUUGUACCAUUUGAAGAUUUCUUAACUGUUGGAUCAUCAAAAGGGGUUGAAAACUUAAUUGUACCAGGAAGUGGUGAAGCCAAUUUCGAUGCUUUGGAAUUGAAUCCUUUCGAAACUGCUAAACAAAGACAACAAACUGAAGUCAGAUCGUUAUUGAAUAAAUUACCUUCUGAUACCAUUACCUUAGAUCCUAAUGUUAUUGGAGGUAUUGAUAAACGAGCCAAAGCUAUAAGAUUAAAAGCUGGUGAUCUUAAUGAAAUCAUCACUAAUAAAGAUGAUACUGUUGAAAUCAAUCCUAAUGUUAAAGGUAAGAAUUCCGGGUUAAGGAAAUUAUUAAGAAAGAAAACUCAAAAUGUUAUUGAUGAAAGGAAAUUAAGAAUUGAAAAGAACUUAAGAUUAGAAAAGGAAGCCAGAAAGAGAAAUAAAGACAUAGAAAAUGGUAUUGAAGUUGAAGAAGAUACCUUAGCCCCAGCAUUAUCAAGAUUUAAUUGA